AUGCCAGAGAAGCAGAGUGGACUGUCCAGUGUCAGGGCUAUGGACUCUGAGACUUUCCACUUUGUCAGCUAUGUACCAAUUCGAGGACGAUUGUUUGAGUUGGAUGGUUUGAAACCACAUCCCAUUGACCAUGGCCCUUGGGAAAAGGGAGAAGACUGGACAGAGAAAUUUCGCAAAGUCAUCUCGGACCGGCUUGGAUCUGGAGGCGAGCCAUAUCACGAUAUUCGGUUUAACCUCAUGGCGGUAGUCCCUGACAGACGCCAGCUUCUGGAACAAAAACUGGCCACCCUUCGGAUCAAUUUCAAAAUUGUGACUGAAGCCUUACAGCAGCCUACGUCUAUCUUGAAAACAGCACCAUCUGUGACAACUGUUGCAUCUUGUUCAUCUGUAGUAUUUGCCGCAGACAGUCAGACAGUCAGACCAGCUCCAGAAAUCAAUGUUAAUAACUAUGAUCCCAUGAAGUUGAGAUCAUCAUCAGCAUCGUCUACAUCCUCAUCUAAACCAAGUUCUUUCAUCACCACAGAGGUUUCUCAGGCGGACACACAGCCAAGUUCAUUAGCAGACUUGUCGUCAGUGGGUCUCUCUUCAGAAUCAAAAUCUGAAGUACAGAUUAAAGAAGAUCUUGAAAAGAUAGAUGAAUCUUCUGGGGUGAAACAAGAACAGAUGGAUACAACAGAAGCCAGCUGUGACCCGCAUAUGAAACUUCCUGUCAAGGUUGAGAACUGCCUAGAGUCCACCUCUGCACUUCCUGGUUCUGAAGGUGGUGGCAGUAAUGUGGCGGAUGUCACGAAGCCGCUGAGCAUUGAGACCAAGUUCAACACCUCUCCUUGUGCUGCCAGCAGUGAGAGCACAGACACCGCCAGUGAGAUAGGCAGUGUGUUCAGCUCCCCAGGCAGUCUCAACACAAGUUCCUGUCAGAGCAGCCCCCAGUUUUCUGAUGGCAACACCACUGGAGGACAUCCCCACAAGAGAAAGAGGAGAUCCAGCCAUGCAUUCACACCUAAGGAUCUGCUGGACCUUUUGAAGAAUGUGGAAAAUGAAAUUGCCAUUUGUGAGAAUCAUCUCAAGGAAGAGAAUGAGAAACGCAAGAAAUACAAGAUCGAUGCAUGUCGGAGAACACACAACUACGACCAGUUCAUCAUGACUUUUCUGAAAAUGUUGGCAGAGCAAGGACUGCUGGGAGAUCUCAUGGAAGAAAACAUGGCUAUCAAGAAGCCAGGAGGGACUGCAGUUGCAGCGCCAAAAAUCGCCAAGAAAAGUCUGUUGAAGGUUUCGGAGAAAAAGAAGAAAGCAAGGAUUAAAAAGAGAGGGAAAAAAUAG